AUGACACGCUUUUCGCCGCCUUUAUAUACGUCGAGUAUUAACGCCGCGAGAUCGUCUACCGUAAGAGACUACACGUGGCUUCUAAUAAGCAUCCUAACUCUCGACCUCCUUUUGUUACUAAGGCUUUAUCGAAUCCUUAAACUAAGUGGUUCCUAUAUCUUCUUAACCUCGGAUAGCUAUCUCAGUAGCCGGUAUCGAGAGAAAGGGAACGUACUUAGAACUACCCUCCUCGCAAUCAAAUUUAGUCGGAGGUUCCCGACCGAGGUGCGAGAAGUCGGAUUAGAGUAUCCUGUUCUAGAUAUCUAUAAGGAUAUAGCAGAGCUUGUUAAAUUCGGGAACGAAGUGGUGUUCGAGGCUAUUAAGUUAACAGCGAGGCACUAG